AUGUACGUGGGCGUUGCGGCAGGGCACAAACAGCACGCCAUCCCACGCGUGUCUCGACACAUUUCAGGCCCUGAGUUGCACAAUAUGUCAUCACUUCGCUGCAUCGCUCAACCCCGUCGGCAAUAUGAAAGUACCAACGGAAUCUGUCAGAUGAACGGAAUUGGGUGGAAUUUUUCGCAGGACCUUCAGACCCCGGGUUUGGAGACGGCGGGCACCAGUCAGGCAUACCCCCGAAAUGACUACGCCGCCUUUCCUGGUGACGCCGGCGCGACGCGAGGAAUCGGCUUCGUCUUACCCGGCGACGACGAGCCGCUAGCGACGGCGCCGCCUCAGCCCCAAGCCGCCGUCCCAGGUCGCGGUCUGUUCGCGCCAGGUGAAACCGGCGCCUCCCGCUCGUACUCCUUCAACGCCCCCAGACGCCCACCGCCCCCGAGACCCCCGAACCCGAAGUCCACUGACUCUGGCGCGGGUCCUGACGCCGACGACGACGCCACCACCGCUGGCAAGUGCCCUACUCGAUCCAAAUCGUCCGUUCAUACACGUCCGGGAACAAACGCCGAGACGUACGAGCGAGGCCUCGCAGACAUGGCCGAUUUGAUGACCACCGUUGAACUCUCGGAACCAGAGAAGCGGAAACUUCGCGAGCGCUUUUCCCUCGACCAACAAUGA